GCAUGUAGAGGGGACUGAGGCUGCUUGGCCAUAUUGUGCACCAGCAGCAUAUCUGCUCUCCUCCUCCAUCGCAGCGGCUGCGUCACACAUUGAGGCGCUUGUCUACAUGACAUAAUCAACAGCAUACGGCGCCGUUUAAGAAAGGAAUAUAAUUACAAUCGACUUUUUCAACAACAAUACACGCGGCGGACAAGGUUGGUGCGCGCACAAAAUGGUUAAACUGGGGAAUAAUUUCAGCGAGAAAAACAAUGGGAAGGGGGCCUCUGAAGAUGGAUUUGACACCAUCCCCCUCAUCACACCUCUUGAUGCCAGCCAGCUUCAUUUUCCUCCACCGGACAAGGUGGUGGUGAAGACAAAGGCUGACUAUGACGGCGAAAGCAAGAGGGGCAAAAUUAGAUCCCCUAAAAUCGCUGAGUUCUCAAUAAGCAUCAUUGAAGGCGUGUCUGAGCGACUCAAAGUGACCUUGCUGGUGAUUUGUGCCCUGGCCUUUUUAGUGUGCGUGGUGUUCCUGGUGGUCUACAAGGUCUACCAAUACGAGCAGCCAUGCCCUGACAGUUUUGUCUACACGCAAGGUCGCUGCAUGCCGGUCGGGCUGUAUGGCGGAAACUUCCCUCAUCAGGGUCCGGGGGGCCGUGGGCGCCUCUUCACCCUCAUCAACCACUACAACAUCGCCAAACAGACCAUCACGCGUUCAGUUUCACCGUGGAUGACCAUCAUGUCUGAAGAGAAGGUCACCCAGCAGGAGACGGAGACGGCUCAGAAGCUGGCUUGAGCCUCACCUGAGAAGGCAGGAUGAAUAACAAAUGCCGUUCAAGCAAACCUGAUGCUUACAUGUGCUGCGUUGCCUUCGAGGUCACAAUGGUUACAAUUUUCAGCAAACGGGUUUGUUUGAAUAGCAUGUGCUGUUAUUUAUUGUUACAUAGAUGAGUGGCAUACAUGUAGAAGUGCCAUUCAUACACACACACACACUCUUGAUGUUAACUUUGUACAUAUACGAGCUAGAACUCAAUUUAGUGAAAUGACUGUGAACUUUCAUGUUUGUGACACAUUUAGAUGAACGUGCACGCACAACACUUAGAACUGUACUUUGCUUUUUGUCACACUGGUUCCUCUAGAACCCGUUUUAGUUGUCAUCAGGAAAUGUUGGCAAUGUAAAUGUCUAUCAGGUGCAAAACUCCAUUCCCAAUAAUUUAGGGUAAAUCGUACCGAUAUUAGCUCUGAAUUCAAUGCAGUGUUUUCUAGAAAAAUUCUACUAAAUUGUUGCGAGUGGAGGCUUGACACCGACUGGCUGCACCAGCGAAUUAACCAUUUCACACAAUUUCUGGCUGUGCAGUUUGACCUCGACUGCUUACUGCAUAAUAUUGCUGUCAAGUUUUUCAGUGUUUAUGUAUCGAUUGUAUUUCGAAAAGAAUGCCAUCAUUUUUGUGAACAGUGCGCUAUUUGCAGGCAACAAGAUGUAAAGGAUACAUUUAAGCAUCAAUUUUAUGCUGCUAUACUGUAUGUUUUUGCUUUGAUAGUAAUGACGCUGUAUUGUGCCACACCUUGCAUUUAUUAAUGUCAUCGGAUGGUGACUGGAAGCCGUCCAUUUACUGACUGUUUUAGUUGAACAAUCUGAAAGUAGUUGCUUGCUCUGCUGCUUUGUUUUCUUGUAUGUGUCUGUUAAAUGGUCACAAAUGCCUAAUUUUCAUACAGUGUGAUAAGUACCAUUGAAGUGCAUUUGCUACAUUAAAUGUUAAAUGAAGAAUUGGAAUAAAGUGCCCACGUUUCCCACCAACAAUAUUGUUGUUUUUU